GCGGCCUUUUUUAUUGACAUCUUAAGGCUACCACUACAACAACGUUAUAAUAUUCUUACAUUUUGUUGCACUGUAGCGCCAUAGUUUCGGCAUAUUAUCGCAUUUGACUGCUCCAUUGAAAAUAACUUAAAAUUUAAUCAUGUCAUCUGUAUUCCGUAACUCGGCUAUCCUUGUCAGACGUGGAGCUCGUCUCAUGCAGUCACGCAACUAUGCCGACGAAGCAAUGAAACUUACCUUCGCUGCAGCGAACAAAGUUUUCUAUGAUAAAGCUGAAGUGAAACAAGUUGACGUUCCGUCAUUCAGUGGAGAUUUCGGUAUUCUAGCUGCCCAUGUACCGACAUUAGCUGUUCUCAAGCCCGGUGUCGUUACCGUUUACGAAAAGGAUGGAGCUACAAAGAAAGUCUUCGUUUCAAGUGGCACAGUUACAGUUAAUGUCGAUUCGAGCGUACAAGUGUUAGCUGAAGAAGCACAACCCAUUGAGAACUUGGAUGCUCGAGCUGCACAGGAAACACUUCAAGCAGCACAACAACAAUUAUCUUCGGCCAAGGACGAUAAGGAGCGAGCCGAAGCAACGAUUGCCGUUGAAGUGGCUGAAUUGGUUGUUAGUGCAUUGAAAUAAAGUGAAUUAAAGUGCUGAUAUUUGGUGAGUUUUCGGGGCGAUAAUUCCAACUAUGUUAUUAAAAUAUUGGCUAGUCGAUGAUCAAUCACAGAUUCGACAACUAAAAAAAUGUCAUUUAGUACUAUAAAGUCAACCAAAACAAAAAUAAUAAAAAAUCGAUAAAUUUCGAGA